UAAAUGACAGAUAAGUUGAGAGAAGUUUGGCGAUUGUCAAAAAGUGAUCUGGCAUUUUCUUCUGUAAAUUUAACACAAAUUUCUCAUUAAAAAUGGCUUGGUUUCCGUUAGAAUCAAAUCCAGAUGUGAUGAACAAAUUUAUGCAGAAAUUAGGUGUACCGGACAAAUGGAAUAUAGUGGAUGUUUAUGGUUUGGAAUCGGAAGCUUUAGCUUGGGUUCCGAAACCAGUUCUAGCUGUUAUUUUGUUAUUUCCCUAUAGCGAAAAGCACCACAACUAUGCCACAGAACAAAAUGAAAGGCUUAAAGUUUCUGGACAAGAUGUUUCUCCAAAUGUCUAUUUUUUAAAACAAGUUGUUUCAAACGCUUGUGGAACUAUUGCUUUAGUUCAUAGUGUUGCUAAUAAUUGUGACAGAAUUGAAUUAGCAGAAGGUAAAUUUAAGGAGCUUUUAAGUGUCAGUAAAAAUAUGUCUCCUGAAGAUCGUGGUACACUACUACAGUCUGUUGCUGGACAAAUUAUGAACGUACAUCAGGAAUUGGCUCAAGAAGGUCAAACUGAGUUAAAUCCAAACGAAAGUGUAAAUCACCACUUUGUUGCCUUUGUUGAAAAAGAAGGGAAUCUUUAUGAAUUAGAUGGUAGAAAAGAAUUUCCCAUUAACCAUGGUCCAUCAUCACCAGAGACAUUGCUGGAGGAUGCUGCCAAAAUCUGUAAAGAGUUUAUGACUCGUGAUGCUGAAGAUGUUAAUUUCACCGUUCUAGCGUUAACCGCUCAGGAAGCUUAACUUUUAUGACUUAAAUUUUCGGGAGAUACAAAGAAACAUUCUUCUUUGAUUUAUUCUUUUUGAUCAUGCACGUUGCAUUUAUUUUUUUGUUAUUGUGGUAUCUAUAUUAUCAGCAAUGUGAAACACGAUAGCAUAAUGUAAGCGUCGAAUGCGCUUUUGUGGAUUUAAAAACAAAUACAAAUCUAUAUUCGUUUCUAAUUUUAUAUGUCAGCCUAAAAAACUUUUAAAAUAAUGUAGCAGCUGAUGUUGUGUGUGGCUAUUGCAGUUGCUUCAUUGAAUACAAAAAUAUAAAUAAAAAAUUCAUACAA